GUGAACGCGGGCUGACAUCGAGACGCAAUUAGUUGGUAAACUGGUCAAGCUCGUGCGAGUAAGGUCGAAUUUGUACAACGGAAAUAUUCGCCACGGUAAAAUUGAUUUCGACAGUGACCGUGAUUUAUCGCUGCAGUGAACAACAAUGUUCGUGAUUAUGGAUUGUUUUCGUCAGUAGCGGGCGUUACGCGUGAAAUUCUCUUGUUUGUCUUCGCCUGUGUGAAGCAGCCACCUUUCCGUUAAAAGAGUUGGCGUCUCUCCUGACCUCCCGUCAAUCGGAACAUCACAUAGCAUCACCCGACGUCCUUUUGAGCACUUCGUGUGCGUGUGUGCGUGUGCGUUUUCGCGCGGCUUUCGCCGGAGAGACGGUGAUUCCCGAAUCCAGUCCAUAGAGCAAGAGAAAAAGAGGCAAUCGUCUUUGUUUCAGUGGAUUCAUCGCGUUGCGUUGAACGUUCUUCCUUCUCCGUUCGAUCUAUUGCUCUCUCGCUCCCCCACCGCGUAUAGCCAUCUCUCUCCCUCUUUCGCUUUGUCGCGUAGUGCGUGAGGACUGAUCUCGCGUUCACCAGAGUCGCCCGAACUCGAUCACCUUCCUCCAAAUUCUUACUUAGGUAUCUGUAAUGUACAAAUACAGUAAGAAAGCCGGGAAGACCACUAAGCUGACGAUCAACCUCGUGCACUCGAAAAGGAAAGGAAUUUUCAUAUAUAUAAAAGAGAUGCCCAACGACCUGAUAAGUCUUCGAAGUCGAAGAAGUUUUUUGACGUUUCGUUUGUACUGAACGAUAACGCUGUGAAAUCUAAGAAACAGGAUCAAAACUACUCGAAGGCGAGUAAAACAAGGCUUCAAGGCCACGUAAUGUCAACAUUGUAAGGCGGAUAGCCAAGGAGGUGCGUGUAGCGCAACGGCUUCCAGCUUUAAGCCGUAGUUUUUUUUUCAUAUAAUCGAGGAGAGAUCACUGUUAUCAAGAUGAAGCUGCUGGAAAAUACGCGUUUAGAACAAAUAAGCAGUGCCUUGUCCAUUAAGACCGGAGAUAGCGAGAUAAUUGCAAGGAUUGAGAGUUACUCGUGCAAAAUGACGGCUAAUGAUAAACAGAUGUAUAAACGAUUUAAUGCAGAAGAGGGACUCACGCCGCAUGAUCUACAAGCUUUAUCACCACCGCAGACAUACUUAGGAACAUCGCCAGCUCAAGGAUAUCUGAGCCGCAGCGUUUCUGGUGAUGAAGAAGGCCCGUUAUGCGACACGAUUAGCAGGAAAACCUUGUUUUAUUUGAUCGGCACAUUGAAUGCAGCUUUUAAUCCAGACUACGAUUUUUCAGACGCUAAGAGUCAUGAUUUCAGCAAGGAGCCAAGUCUGAAGAGCGUAAGGCAUGCAGUGGAUGGCAAUCUCAAUGCCACUGCCAAUGAUCAUUAUUCUAAAAUGAGCGCCGCUCUUUGGGCGGCUAUUGACGAAGAGAUAUCGUUGGCUGAAUGUGAUAUUUACAGCUACAAUGCAGACUCGUCAAACCCGUUUGGAGAAGAUGGAUGCUGGUGGUCGUUUAAUUAUUUCUUCUACAAUAAAAAACUGAAACGCAUCGUAUUUUUCAUAUGCAAAGCGAUAAAUCCACUUUAUGGAGAUUCCGGGGUUGGUAGUGACUUCGCUAUGGACGAAGAUGAUGAAGAUUGAUAUUAGAACAUUCAUAUAUAUGUGUAUACAUGUUUGCAAUCCCUGUAAUGUCACUUUUUUCUUCUAUUUCCGUUAAUUCUGCAGGUACUCGUUUAUUCUUGACUAUUACUUAACUUUAAAUCUUAAUACGACUGAUUUGCAUUUCAAAUUACUUAACAAGGCAAAUAAUCCUUUAAAAAUUAUUUAACUUUAGAAUUUCUGUUUACUAUUAACUAAUAAAUUACUUGAAUAAAGCAGUAAAAUUCUAGAAGAUAGAGCUCUUUUGUAAUUAGAUCAUCUAAUCGUAUAUUUUGAUGUAAUCUCUUUUUUUGAGAUAAGAAUUUCAGUUUUUGUCCUUUAAUAGAUAUAUUUCGUCUUUUAAAAAAUUGAAUAUUAUAUCUGUAUACCUAUAUUAUCUACAAAAAUCUUGUAAAUUUAUUAGAACAAGUUCUAUAAGGAUUCUAUAUCUUUAUAAUGUGUGAUUACGUUAUUACUCUCAAUACAUAAUGUUAAACAUAUAUUUUAAGGGCAAAUUGUACGUAACAAAAUACUAUUAUUACAUACUGUUACAUAAUUCUACAAUAAAUUCUAAAUCAUUCAAA